AUGGCGAGCUACUACUACGGCGCCCAGAGCCAUUCAUCACACAUGCAUGGCCACUCGUCACACAACCACCAUGGUGGCCGCUCUCGCCGAGCCCCGCGCCUAUCCGCCGCAAACAACCACAAGCAGUUCCGUGCCGUCCGGAGCCCAAAAGAAGUCGUCGAGACUGUAAAUAUCAUCUCUUUCCGACGGGACUUUGAGGCUGCUCGAUCCUUCGAUCUCGAGGACGACGAGCUCUUCUGUCCAUUCCAUCUCCUAACCGAGGACGACCUUCAAUCCAUCCACUCGUCAGGCUCUGACCGCUCUUCGCUGUCGAGCGGCUCUCCUGCUUCCUCUCCCCUGCAACACCAGCUGCAGCCCACCCCCACCUUUGUAUUAUCAGCCUCGUCCAACAACACCUACACUCCGCCAUCCUACCAGUCUCAACCCUCUUCGCAACCAAACAUCCACCAGCCUCUAGCUCAACGAACACGCAACGCCAUUCCAAUCGUCAACCCUUCCACCCGUACUGUCGCCUCACCGCCGCCCUCGGUCUCCCCGGCGAGGCAGAUGCAGUACAUUAACAACAACAACAACCGCCAGUGGUAAACCCCCUUGCCGGCAAGGAGUGGAACCUGAGCUGAUGAUUUUAAUUCGACUUGCUGCAUUUCCUGCGUGCUUCGUUGCUAGACUGGUCGGUGCCCUUUCUUUGCGGAUCUUCUAAUACACCGCCAAUACCCCAGGAGUAUCCGCCUCUUUCUCCACUUCUGUACAAAUCAAAUCUCACCUUACCCCGAUAUCGCCCUCGUACAAAGGGGCCCCUCCACACCAUACACCAUCACGGGCAACGGCGUUUGCAAUGUAGCGACAUAGUUCCUUGGUCUUUACGAUUUAGCGAACUAGACUAUUCGCAUCUGGCUUCCAUGUUUCUUGUUCUUGCUGCGACUUGG